UCACCUCACACCGAGCGGCGGCGGCGGCUCACAGUGCGACGCUCACGCCGACCCGCGAGGCAACCCAACCCGCUACGCUUUCGCCUCCCUCACGUCGACAUGGACCGGGAAGCGGUCGGCGACGACCUGCCCUCGCUUUAGCCGGAAGCGACUCACGCGCCGGGAGCAGAGACAUUCAACGCCGGGACUACCAAACAGCAUUACCUUGGACGUUAAGACCUUUUUUGAUCUUUCUUUGGAGGGAGGUCUGGGGGGGGCUUUUAUUUAUUGUUUUUGGUAGUGUGAGUUCAGUCCCCCCCCUCGUCAUGGCAAGCGACUCCCCCGCUCGGAGUCUGGAUGAAAUCGACCUGUCUGCUUUGAGGGACCCCGCUGGCAUCUUUGAGCUUGUGGAGCUGGUGGGAAAUGGCACGUACGGGCAAGUGUACAAGGGCCGCCAUGUUAAGACAGGGCAGCUGGCAGCCAUCAAGGUCAUGGAUGUCACCGGGGACGAGGAAGAAGAGAUCAAAGCUGAAAUCAACAUGCUGAAGAAGUACAGCCACCACCGAAACAUCGCCACCUAUUACGGAGCGUUCAUCAAGAAGAACCCACCGGGUGUCGACGACCAGCUCUGGCUGGUGAUGGAGUUCUGCGGCGCCGGCUCGGUGACGGAUCUGAUCAAAAACACCAAGGGCAACUCUCUCAAAGAAGAGUGGACGGCCUACAUCUGUCGAGAGAUCCUCAGGGGCCUGACUCAUCUCCAUCAACACAAGGUCAUUCACCGAGACAUCAAGGGACAGAACGUCCUGCUGACGGAGAACGCCGAGGUCAAACUUGUGGACUUUGGCGUUUCGGCCCAGUUGGACCGCACAGUGGGAAGAAGGAACACGUUUAUCGGGACGCCAUAUUGGAUGGCGCCAGAGGUGAUCGCCUGCGACGAGAACCCCGACGCAACGUACGACUUCAAGAGCGAUUUAUGGUCACUGGGCAUCACGGCCAUUGAGAUGGCCGAAGGAGCUCCACCACUGUGCGACAUGCACCCCAUGAGAGCCCUCUUCCUCAUUCCGCGGAACCCUGCGCCGAGACUCAAGUCAAAGAAAUGGUCGAAGAAGUUCCAUCUGUUCAUCGAGAGCUGCCUGGUGAAGAGCCACGGCCAGAGGCCGAGCACGGAGCAGCUCCUCAAGCACCCGUUCAUCAGGGACCUGCCCAACGAGAGGCAGAUCCGCAUCCAACUCAAGGACCACAUCGACCGCACCAAGAAGAAGCGAGGCGAGAGGGACGAAACUGAGUACGAAUACAGCGGCAGCGAGGAAGAAGACGAGGAAAGAGACACGGGUGAACCCAGCUCCAUCAUCAACAUCCCCGGAGAGUCGACCCUACGGCGCGAUUUCCUGCGUCUGCAGUUGGCCAAUAAGGAGCGCUCGGAGGCGCAGCGGCGGCAGCAGCUGGAGCAGCAGCAAAACGAGGAGCACAAGCGCCUCCUGCUGGCCGAGAGGCAGAAACGCAUCGAGGAGCAGAAGGAGCAGCGGCGGCGGCUGGAGGAGCAGCAGCAGCGCGAACGCGAGCUGAGGAAGCAGCACGAAAGGGAGCAGAGGAGGCGCUAUGAGGAAAUGGAGCAACUCCGUCGAGAGGAGGAGCGGCGGCACGCGGAAAGAGAACAGGAAUAUAUCCGUAGGCAGCUGGAAGAGGAGCAGAGGCAAUUAGAGAUUCUCCAGCAGCAACUUCUACAGGAACAGGCGCUCCUGCUGGAAUACAAGCGCAAGCAGGUGGAGGAGCAGCGGCAGGCCGAGCGUCUGCAGAGGCAACUCCAGCAGGAGAGGGCCUACUUGGUGUCGCUGCAGCAACAGCAACAGGAGGGACGGCAGGCGGAGAAGAAACAGCUCUACCACUACAAAGAUGUCAGUUAUCCCAAUGACAAGCCAGCCUGGGCGAAAGAGGUGCAGCAGCACGCACAAAUGCAACGCGGUAACCCGCCCCGCUCUAACCUGCGCCAUCAUCAGUCGUUCAACCAGCCGCCUUCGUCCUCGUCCGCGUCCCCGGCCUCCCGCGGCCAACCCCGAGCUCAAACCCCUCGACGCGCACCGUCCGUCGGCGCCCAGAUCCUUCCCGGCCAGGUCCCCCAGAUCCGCAUUGCGCUAGACCCAGGGGAGCCCCUGGACCCGGGACUAAAGCGGGAAAUAAGUCAGCAGGUCAGAGAGUUGAGGGCUCAGAAUCGCAGUCAGAGGAAACGCAGCCCGACCGCCGUCAAGGAAGACGCUCAAGCGGCUCUGAAGGACCCUCGUAACCCUGAGAAAGAACCUUCCGGUCCCGCGCCGGUCAGACAGUCGAAAGCUGCCGCAGAGCCUCGAGAGCGCCAGAAAGAGAAGUCCCCAGGCAGGCCCCUCUCUGUGCCCAAUCACUCUGAUGUUGUUACUAAGGCCCCCGCGCAGGUCCAAAAACUGGUGGAGGAAAGGUCUAAGCUGAACAGACAGAGCUCUCCGGCACUGCAGCCUAAAGUGUCGAACCAGAUCUCCGACCCUUCCCUUCCUCCCCGAUCUGAAUCCUUCAGCAGCAGUGGGGUCAUGCAGGCUGCCCGAACUCCACCCGCGCACCGUCCUGUUGAACCCCAGAUGGCCCACCUGGUUCCGGUCAAGACUCACUCCAGCUCCAUGUCGGGUUCUCAGUCGCUGCAGGAGCAGACGGGAUCGGCUCUGAGCGAGAGCGUGGGCUCCGCCAGGUCGGAUAUCCCCCGGCAGAACUCUGACCCGACCUCCGACAACCAAACUCCGCCGCUUCGCAUCGCCGAUCGGGAUCGGGACAGAACCGCUUGGCUGAGAGAGGAAGACUUGGUGCCCAAGGUCCGAGAAUCCCAACCGGUAAGACCUUGCGUGGUGCAUCAUGAAAAGAUCCCCCAGAGGAACACCUCCAUCUCCCCAGCGUUGGUCAGAAAGAACUCCCCCAACGGUGGUGUCAUUCUGGGGCCUCGAGCAGGGUGCCAGCUCAUACGAGCAAGUAACCCGGACCUGCGCCGUUCUGAGCUCUCUCUGGACGCCAUGCUGCAAAGAACUUCCUCCAACUCGUCAUCAUCUUCCUCGCCUUCAUCCCAGGGAGGCUCGGCCGAGAGGAGAGGUCAGGGCAGACAGGAAGCAUCGUCGUUGGGAGCCGAACAGGAGGCCAAAUCCAAACAGGGGGAGGGCCGCGACUCAAGCCGACCCAGCAGGCCCGCAAGCUAUAAGAAAGCCAUAGAUGAGGACCUCAGCGCUCUGGCGAAGGAACUGCGAGAGUUUCGGGUCGAGGAGGGGAGCCGGCCUCCGGUUAAGGUGACGGACUACUCGUCGUCCAGCGAGGAGUCGGAGAGCAGCGACGAGGACGGCGAGACGGUGGGACACGACGGCACCGUGGCUGUGAGCGACAUCCCUCGCAUCAUGCCCGCCGCGCAAAACAACAGCAGCGAGUCCUAUGGCGGACUGAGCGAGGGCUCCCUCGAAGAACCUUACAGCAACUCCAAGGACGGCACGCUGGUCGUGAGAGAGGCCGAGGAGAAGAGGCGAGGCUGCCACGCCGAGAGCAACGGCUUCGCCAACCACGCCGGCGGCCACGGCAACCUGCCCGACCUGGUGCGGCAGAGCAGCUCGCCCGCGGCCCCGCCCACCGCCCUGCAGGAGCUGGGAGACAUGCCCGAGUUUGGUCUGGGUGGCUCCAAAUCAUCCUUCACCCCAUUUGUGGACCCUCGCAUCUACCAAACGUCCCCGAGUGACGAAAACGAGAACUCGACAGCCGCCAUGUUUGCCAAUGAGCUGCUGCGGCAGGAGCAGGCCCGACUCAACGAAGCCAGGAAGAUCUCGGUGGUCAACGUCAACCCCACCAACAUCCGACCGCACAGCGACACGCCCGAGAUCCGCAAGUACAAGAAGCGUUUCAACUCGGAGAUACUUUGCGCCGCGCUCUGGGGUGUGAAUCUGCUGGUGGGGACGGAGAAUGGCCUCAUGCUACUGGACCGAAGCGGCCAAGGAAAAGUUUACAACCUGAUCACCAGGCGGCGUUUCCUUCAGAUGGACGUGCUGGAGGGCCUCAACGUGCUCGUCACCAUCUCGGGGAAAAAGAACAAGCUGCGCGUGUACUACCUGUCGUGGCUGAGGAACAGAAUACUGCACAACGACCCGGAAGUGGAGAAGAAGCAAGGCUGGAUCACUGUCGGCGAGCUGGAAGGAUGCGUGCAUUAUAAAGUCGUGAAGUACGAGAGGAUCAAGUUCCUGGUGAUUGCACUGAAGAACUCGGUGGAGAUCUACGCCUGGGCCCCCAAGCCCUACCACAAGUUCAUGGCCUUUAAGUCGUUCGCCGAGCUGCAGCACCGUCCUCAGCUCGUCGACCUCACGGUGGAGGAAGGCCAAAGGCUGAAGGUCAUCUACGGCUCCAGCGUGGGCUUCCACGUCAUCGACGUCGACUCGGGCAACCCGUACGACAUCUACAUCCCGUCGCACUGUGCCAAAGACACCAAGAUUCAGAGCCAGGUGAUGCCGCACGCCAUCGUGGUGUUGCCCAAGACGGACGGCAUGGAGAUGCUGCUGUGCUACGAGGACGAAGGCGUCUAUGUCAAUACCUACGGCAGGAUCACCAAAGAUGUCGUCCUGCAGUGGGGGGAGAUGCCCACCUCGGUUGCCUACAUCCACUCCAAUCAAAUCAUGGGCUGGGGCGAAAAAGCCAUCGAGAUCCGUUCGGUGGAGACGGGGCACCUGGACGGAGUCUUCAUGCACAAGAGGGCCCAGAGACUCAAGUUCCUGUGCGAGCGCAAUGACAAAGUGUUCUUCGCAUCAGUGCGCUCGGGAGGCAGCAGCCAAGUGUUUUUCAUGACCCUCAACAGGAACUCCAUGAUGAACUGGUGAUGACCCGCCCCCCUUGGUCCGGCCUCGCGCUCCCAUUGGCUGUUGCCGUCUUCCACCUUUUUUGCACACUUUUGCCUCCUUCCCCUUCCUUUGCCCGUCUCGCCGCCUUCAUGACUUGAAACAAUCACACCAGGGCAGCGUCGGGAACACUUGAUUUUCCUCCUUAUCGUCCUCCUCUUCCAUUUGCUCCUCCUCCUUUUCCCGUUAAAUCAAAAGAUGACGUCUGCGUCCCUUUAAGAAGAAAAUCGCACACUUCCAACCCCAUUCACGACCCCCCCGCGCCCCCUCCCCUUUGUCAUUCUUCCACUCUUCAAAGGUGCUGCAUUAGACUUGUGCUGUCAAUCAACAAAGAGCGUCUGUGUGAAACUUUACAGCACACGACUGCCCCCGAAAAAAAAUUGUGUGUGCGUGGAUACGUGUGCGAGUCCCGUUCCUCGAAAAGACGGCAAAAAAAGUCCGUGUUGUGCGUCCAAGUGAAGUUUUUUUGUUUUUGAGCAGGAAAGUUGAUCUAACACAAGUAGACGAAAGUGGCCGUUGCCACAAUUGUAUCCCACCGCCACAGAAACACGGGAUUCAUGAUUAUUCUUUGACGGUAGAUUAUUGUUUAGGUAUGUCAGGAACAGGAACAUUGGUAAACUCACUCAGCAACUAAGACGUUACCAAAGUCACAUUCGAUUAUGUAUCACUCAACAAGAACAAGAACUUUAUGAGAGUUGUUUGUCAUGGACGAGAUGUUUGCUGAAGUCACCUGUCAGGAACAAGAACUUCAGGAAAGACGCUUAUCAGGAACAAGAAUGUAAGGGAAGCGACUUAUCAGGAACAAGAACUUUAGGAAAGUCACUCAUGAGGAACAAGACAAGUCACCCUUCAGGAACAAGAACAUUAGGAAAGCUACUUAUCAGGAACAAGACCUGUGUUAAAGUCAUCUGUCAGGAACUUUCGGAAAAGCACUUAUCAGGAACAAGAACGUAACAAAAUACAUUCAUCAAGUGCAAGAGUUAAGGCAACGUGUCAAGAACAAAAGCAUUGCUAACCAGCCUCACCAGUCAGGUGCAGGAACUUUGCUGAAGUAUCCCGUCAGGAAUAAUAACUUAACUAAUAACUGCGAAACUCACUCAUGAAGAACGGAAACUUUAGUAAAGUCAGGAACAAUCUGCAGAAACAAGAACUUGUAUCAGGAGCAGAAACCUUUGUUAAAAUCACCUAUCAGGAAAAUUAUCGUUGAAAAGCAAUCAGUUAACAAUCCGUCAUCUGUCUUUAGCGUUGCUAAAACCACCAAUCGGGAACAAUAACAUCGGCAAAGUCUAAAAUCUUAUUCUGUCAGGAAACAAUAACCUCAGGAAAGUCACUUGCCAGGAACAAGCACUCUGCCAAAGUAACCUAUAGGGGCAAGUGACUUUUGGUAAAUUAUCACAAACAAUAUCUUCACUACCAUCCCCUGUUUUUUUUGUAUACACACAUGCAAGCACACACAAAAAAAAUAAAUUGAAUGCGCCAACUCGAUCUUCAUGAUUGGACGAGUUUCAAACUGAAAAAAAUAUGCCAAAUGAUGUGUGGUGGGAUACGUUGUGGAUGGUCUACAAACUAGUUUGGUUACGUCGGAUUUGCGCCGACACGCUAACACAUUUCAAAUUGUUUAAAUUAUUGCUAGUGAAGACAAGCUAAUGACCACCUCAACCAAUGGCUGUAGAUGCACAUCAGGCUAACAGGCUAAUGGUUUAGCAAUAAAGAGCCCUUGUCUUCCCACUGUGCGUGAGUGUGUGGGUGUGUGUUGUCCAUUGCGGUCAAUAACACUGAAUACUACUGUAAUGUUUUAUUUUGGCGUGCGUUUUCAUUUUUCAUCUUUAUUUUAAAAAGACUAAUCGUUCUGUUUGAGGGUUUGUUUUGUUUUGUAAAAGAGACACUGGAAGAGAAAUAAAUGCAAGAGUAGAGCCAUGUU